CACUUUCGAAUUCGGCCGCCUUCCGCCUGCUGCUGCCUUCCCUCAACAACAUCAUCCCUCUUUCCCCCCCAUUUCCAUCGACCGCAAAUUUGAUCUUGUCUUCCGCCAACGUCGUCUUCUUCCACUUCCCAACCUUUCGAUACCCUCUUUACCCGCGUUGACUUCGCCCACUCCCGAUUCCGACUUUUCUUCGAGCAAUUCAAUCCGAAAAAAUUUCACAAAUUUCACAAUGGCCACCGAGCGCGAAAGCAAGACCUUCCUCGCCAGGCUCUGCGAGCAGGCCGAGCGCUACGAUGAGAUGGUUACGUACAUGAAGGAGGUUGCCAAGCUUGGUGGUGAGCUUACCGUCGACGAGCGCAACCUGCUCUCGGUUGCCUACAAGAACGUCGUCGGCACCCGCCGCGCCAGCUGGCGCAUCAUCUCCUCGAUCGAGCAGAAGGAGGAGUCCAAGGGCUCAGACAAGCACGUGUCCACCAUCCGUGACUACCGCAACAAGAUCGAGGCCGAGCUCGAGAAGGUCUGCCAGGAUGUCCUCGAUGUCCUUGACGAGUCGCUCAUUCCCAACGCCGCCUCGGGCGAGUCCAAGGUUUUCUACCACAAGAUGAAGGGUGACUACCACCGUUACCUCGCCGAGUUUGCCUCGGGUGAGAAGCGCAAGACCGCUGCCACCGCUGCCCACGAGGCCUACAAGAGCGCUACCGAUGUUGCCCAGACCGAGCUUACCCCCACUCACCCCAUCCGUCUGGGUCUGGCCCUUAACUUCUCCGUCUUCUACUAUGAGAUCCUGAACUCGCCCGACCGUGCUUGCCACCUGGCCAAGCAGGCAUUUGACGAUGCCAUUGCCGAGCUCGACUCUCUGUCUGAGGAGUCAUACCGCGACAGCACCCUUAUCAUGCAGCUGCUCCGCGACAACCUGACCCUGUGGACCUCGUCUGAGACGGGUGAGGGUGAGACCGCCGCCGCCGGUGCUACCGAUGCCCCCAAGGAGGAGGCCAAGACGGAUGCGCCCGCUGCUGAGAAGACUGAGGCCAAGGCUGACGAGCCCGCCGCCGCCCCCGCUUCGUAAGCGCACGGACCGUGAACCCAACCUCGACGCGUCCCUUACUGGGACGAAACAGAUAAUCAGAUUCCCUUUCCCCUCUACUAUCCUGGCGUCAAGCCUUCUGCUGCCAAGCACGAGAUAUUAUACCGACGUCUCCGUCAGCAGCAUGUUAGGUGUUGAGCUUUCGGUAACUCGCGCUGUGGAAAUGUUUGGUUUUGCUUGAGGCUUAUACUGAAAUGCGGCAUUGGUCUUUGGUGGGCAGGGAGUUGGGCUUUGGCGGGAUCGGAAAUGCAGGGCAGGACAGAUCAUGUCGUCUUUUGUUUUCAUUUUUCGCUCUUCAUUUUUCUGGUCAAAUACACACGGAGCUGAACCGAGACACCAUUCUAUUUUUCAGUUCCCGUCUUCCACCAUGCCCCCUGUCAACUGCUUGAGGUUUUUCUUUUACGCCGAUGGGCAGAUGGAGAUGAUGUACAAGUUGCGCAAGCCUCUUGUCUGGUCUUGUCCAUAAACGGGGAAAAUCCAUGACAAUUUCUGAUUUCUGUGUUUUGAUUUGAUUUCUAAAUCAGGUCAAGUCUCAUAACUCUUUGCGUUGAUUUCUUUGAGCUGGGAAAGAGAAUCAUAAGGGCCAAGAGGUUUAAGGCGAGAGGUUUUUCCUACCAAUUCCCCCUCCAAGUAAUUUGCGUCUUUAUUUUUUUUCUUUGUCUUUUUUUCUUUUUUUCUCUUUUUCCUCACUCUUGGUUUUAUUCUUCUCUCUUCUAAAUCGUGUCUUCACUAGUCUAAGUUGUACUCCGGGAUCGACGCGGAUAUUGUGCGUCGAUCGAAAAAGAUGGAGUAUGACAUGCAACUGAGAAUUUGAAAUAAAAUAAACAAAAAAGAUGGCGCUGAGGCAAGGUCGUCAUGACUGCCAAAGAGCUGCUCGUUUU